AUGUGGCGCACGGGGAUUGUAAAGCACGCAGCUUGCCAGGAUUUAAGGCGUCUUCUGGCCAGAAAUGCCUCAGCAGCAGCCGCAACUGCAGCUCCAACUUUGCCACAAUCGGCGGAUGUGGUGGUGAUUGGCGGUGGCUCCGCCGGUUGCCACACACUCUACCACCUGGCCAAGCGGGGGGUGAGGGCGGUGCUCUUGGAACGUGCUCAACUGACAGCUGGCACCACAUGGCACACAGCGGGUUUGCUCUGGAGAUUGCGUCCUAGUGAUGUGGACAUACAACUACUGGCCAAUUCAAGGAACAUGCUGCGUCAACUGGAGGCAGAGACGGGCCUGGAUCCGGGCUGGAUACAGAAUGGAGGCAUCUUUAUAGCUCACAACGAGACGCGUCUCGAUGAAUAUCGAAGAUUGGCAACUGUCGGCAAGGCACUCGGCAUUGAGAAUGAAAUACUCUCCCCGGAGGAGACGCAGAAACUGUUUCCGCUGCUCGAUCCAAAGGCGUUCAUUGGUGCCCUCUAUUCUCCGGGAGAUGGCGUCAUGGAUCCCGCCAUGCUCUGCACAGCCUUGAGGCGAGCGGCGACUGCAAAUGGCGCCCAGGUGAUUGAGAACUGUGAUGUGCAGGAGAUUCUCGUGGAGGAGGGAUCACGUGGCAAGAAGGUGGUGGGCGUGGCAACGCCGUUUGGCAACAUACGCACCGAGACGGUGGUGAAUGCCACAGGAGUUUGGGGACGAGAUCUGGUAGCUCGUCAUGGCUCCCAUCUGCCAUUGCUGCCCAUGAAACAUGCCUACAUUGUCUCCGAAUCGAUUCCGGGUGUGCGAGGUCUGCCCAACAUAAGAGAUCACGACUAUUCCACCUAUUUCCGCAUUCAGGGCGAUGCCAUCUGUAUGGGAGGCUAUGAACCAAAUCCCAUACUCCUCGAUCCCGUGGCCAAGGACUUCCACUUUGGGCUCUACGAGUUGGAUUGGUCCGUCUUUGAGACGCAUGUGGAGGGAGCACAUAAAUUGUGCCCGGAAUAUGCCAAAUACGGUGUGAAGAGUACAGUGUGCGGACCGGAAUCCUUUACGCCGGAUCACAAGCCUCUGAUGGGUCCCGAUCCCAUUGUCUCGGGUCUCAUGCACAAUUGUGGCUUCAACUCCGCUGGCAUGAUGUUUGGCGGUGGCUGUGGCGAACAAAUGGCCUUGUGGAUCAUCAAUGGGCAACCGGAUGUGCCCAUGUUCAGCUUCGAUCUGCGACGUUUCACUCAGGAGCAGGGUCAGGCCACCAAGUGGAUAGCUGAGAAAUCCCACGAGAGUUACGUGAAGAACUACAGCAUGGUCUUCAAGUACGAUCAACCGCUGGCAGGACGUGACUUCCAAAAGGAUCCGCUGCACGAGCAGAUGCUGCAGGCCAACGCCUUCAUGGAAGAGAAACAGGGCUGGGAGCGACCUGGUUUCUUCCUAGGCAACAAAGUGGAUUCGGCGCCGGUGCUACCCUAUGAUUGGUACGGCAGCUAUGAGCAUGCACGCCACAAGGAGAGCAACUACGAGCGUGUUCUUGAUGGAGAUCUCAAGUACAACAGCUUCUCGGAGCAUCAUGAUUUGAUUGGAGCUGAGGCUCACGCCUGUCGCAAUAAUGCUGUGGUCUUCAACAUGAGCUACUUUGCCAAGCUUCUACUUCAAGGACCUCAGGCUCAACAGGCCGCGGAUUGGCUCUUCUCCGCCAACACCAAUCGCGUUCCCAGCAAAACUGUCUACACUUGUGCCCUCAACGAUGCUGGAGGUGUGGAGGCGGAUGUGACUAUUAGUCGCCUGGUGUCUGGCUCUGGGCAGCUGCAUGAUCCCAAGUUCGAGGGUCAGGGCUACUACAUUGUGGCGGGAGGUGCCUCCGCCUAUUACACUUAUAGCACUUUGCUUGGAGAGAUGCGACGCAAGGGAUUCAAUGCCAAGUUGAGUGACAUUACAGCGGACCUAGGCGUCAUCUCUAUACAGGGACCGAAUUCGCGAAAGAUUCUGCAGCCACUGCUCGACUGCGAGCUGUCGGAUGAGCAGGUGCCUCCCAAUAGCACCAAGUUGGCCAAGUGCAAUGGCAUUGGCCUCCGCCUGCUCCGCGUCAGUUUUGUGGGUGAACUCGGCUAUGAACUCCAUGUGCCCAAACAGGAUUGUGUCGCCGUCUACAAAUCUUUGAUGGCCGCUGGAGCGGCACAGAAUUUGCAAGAUGCCGGCUACAGGGCACUGUAUGCGCUCAGCAGCGAAAAGGGUUAUCAUCUGUGGAGCUAUGAUCUGAGAUCGGAUGACACUCCUCUGGAAGCAGGUCUUGGUUUCACCUGCCGCAAACAGGGCGACUAUCGAGGACGUGCCGCUGUCGAUCGUCAACGAGUCGAGGGCAUCAAGAGGCGCAUGGUUUAUCUGACACUUCAGGAGCAGGUGCCCAUUUGGGGCCUUGAGGGCGUCUAUCGCAAUGGAGAACCUGUGGGCGUUCUAAGACGAGCUGAAUACGCUUACACGCUGGGCAAAUCUCUUGGCCAGGCUUACAUCACCCGCAGCGAUGGUAAAAACGUUGAUGUGGAGUAUCUCAAGGUGGGAAACUACGAGGUGGAUAUUCUGGGCAAGCGUUAUAAGGCUGAUUGUCAUCUGCGCAGUCCUUUCGAUCGCAGCGGACAACGUGUUUUGGGCAAUUAUGAGCCGACUGGCAAAUAAAAGAUAUAAAUAUAUUUAAAAAUAAAAUU